AAGAGGGUCUGAUUGACUCCCAAGGGGCGCUGUGCUCUCAGAUCGGGUUCUGGUGAAGCAGGAAAGCUCCAGCUUCCUGUGUGUCAAAUGCCGAACAAACACCAUAUGCUCAACAGUUAAAUGAGCCUCAGAUCUGUGUGACAGGAAAGUGCAAAUACCCAUGUGAAGGAAUCUUGCUUACCCUUCAUCAGAGGCGGCAUGCAAAUUGGAAAGGGAGAGACAAUGGCUGACCCCUAAGGAUGAUUCAGGCCAGAGUGAAGUUAAUUGUAACCGGAGAUGACUUUGGCUACUGCCCAAAGAGGAACCAAGGAAUCGUGGAGUGUUUCCUGGCUGGAGCAGUUUCCAAUGUUUCCCUUCUGGUCAAUGGCAGCGCUGCACCAGAUGCAGCCCAACUGGCAAGAAGGCAUAACAUUCCAAUAGGUCUGCAUGCCAACCUGUCCGAGGGCUCUCCUGUCAGCAAGGCACUCAAGAAGAACUCCUCCCUGCUCAACAAAGACGGAUUCUUCCACGGAAAAAUGGGAUUCAGGACAGUUCUAGCAAAAGGUCUCCUGAAAAUGUCAGAGGUGAAACAGGAGCUAACGGCACAAGUUGACCUCUUUCGUGAAUUGACAGGUCAUGUCCCUCAUCACAUGGAUGGACACCAGCAUGUUCAUGUUCUCCCAGAGGUUAGACAUGUGUUUGCCCAGGUGUUAGAGAAGUAUGGGAUCAAGUAUACACGUGUGCCGGUAGAACCAGGCCUUCACAGCUGUGUAUGGAUAGAGCCACCUCUAAUGGACUUUUAUCUGGGAGUGGAAAAAGAUUCCCUUGACACAGUAGAUGUGUUUACAAGACAUGGAAUAAGGUGGGCUGACAUUUAUAUAGGUUUGAGCACCAUGGGCAAAAACAUGUCUGUCAGCAACAUUCAGAGCGCCAUUGAUACUGCCAUGGUGGCUUCUGCCACCAAGGAAAACUCUCUGAUGACUCAAUUUUCACCUCACCAUCAGCAAAGCAGAACAGUCACAAUUGAACUGAUGGUACAUCCAGGGUACCCCACUAUUCCACCUGUUGGAGGCUGUGGAGAAGGACCGGAUGAUUUUUCACAGUCAUGGGAACGCUUGCAUGAACUCCAAACAUUAAUGAAUCCAGAGUUGCAAAGCUAUUACAAAACAAGGAACAUUCAACUUUGUGCAUUUAAAGAUCUUUAAGCAAGAGAAGCUAAAUAUAGCUUGUGGCAGGAGGUGGGGGAUCUGUAGCUGAUAGUAUACCUCUCAUUAAUGCAGAAGGGAACAGUGAAUGGACUGGCAGCAACCUAUAUUUAAAGUAAUUUGAAAUACCUGGACUCUCCAAAGCACCUAGCGGCAAUAUCCCAGCCUGUAUCUCUCUCAUUGUCAUCAGAGUUGUAAAACACCUCAGCUGAUUUGAAAGUGAUGGAUUUCCUGUGUGUAACAUAUUUAUGCUCCACCCCAAAAUUUAACUUGAAAGCCAAGGCCCAACUGUCAGACUAACAAUUAAUCAGUUCCUGCAGAUGCUGCAAUAGCAGAUAGCACAUCCACACAUGGCUGACAAUCAUGCAUCAACUUUUGAAAAAUUUUGUGUGUGUGUGGUAGCGAUUAGUUGCAAAAAGAUAUAGCCUAGAAACUAAGACUCAGCUGGCCCGAGGAAGCUGAUUUUUUGUAAGCCUAAUAACCUUGAGCAUUCCCCUUUUUAAAGUAGUUAUUCAGAAAUUACCGUAUUUUUCUUUCAUGUUUUUACUUGAACUGUUGCAGCUUUACUCAUGCCUACGGAAAAGGAAUGGUCAUUGCAGACCUUUUUUUUUCCCCACUAGAAGUAAUCAACUCAUGAUAUUAGCCUUCUGAUGCCUUCAAUCAUACUCCAUGCAAGUAGCUGGAUGCAGAGUUACUGUUCUAUUUAAGUAGGCUCUAGGCAUUACGCAGUCAAAAUAAAGUCAUUUUAAUGACAGCACUUCCAGACAGGCUUUUUAGAUGACUUUACAAGAACAGCAACCAUUGACCCAUUAGAUAUUUCAUGAUGAAUGUUACCUGUAAAAAUCCUACCAUCACCUGUCAAUACAGCAUACUCUUCCCUUUCAUGGGCUAGUUCCUGUGAUGGCUACUUACUGUAAACACAAAGAUGGUCUAAGGUCGAGAGGGAGCAAUGACAAUGAGAAGAGAAAAACAAAACAAAACUCUGAUUAUCAUCAGUGCUUUCUAAUUUCUACAGUUCCUGGCACUGUUUGCUACAGUUCUACUACAAGUCAGUUUUCAUUCAUCUAGUACUUUCUGAAAAAUCCUCCUUGAGGUCUGAGAUUUUUCUGAGCUUAGUGUAUCCAAAGCGUAGUUUAAUGUGUCAGUGUUGUUCAGCCAUCUUGGAUUUAUAAAGAAAUGGAAAAAUGCACUUCAUCCAAGCCUGACCAGUAUUUUCCCCCUUUUAGAUAACUCAAACCUCAUUUUAUCACAAUGCCUUUAUUUUUAUAAAGUCUUAACUGUUUGAAGCAUAAACUGUAGAAAAAUCAAAGUCUACAACUGCCCAGGGCUGUGUGCUCAGAGGGCAUGAUUUUUUCCAUGAUUAACAGGACCUAGUUGGCCUCGGGUUCCUAACCACCUGGGAACUUUCUUUGUGUAAGGGAAAAAAAACCCAAACUAAACUAACAUUAAUGCACUAUUAAGAUUGCUAUAUCAAGCACCUUUCAGGGCAAUUCCAUAAAUUUAGAUUAUGCCACAAUAUUAAUUCCAGAUUUACAAUCUGUAUUUUAAUAUGUACAUGCUGUACAAGGUGGGUGAGGCAAAAUUACAAAAGAAACCAAUUUUUGGAAGUGCUUGAUAUGUCAAACACUUUACAUUAAUACCAGUCUUUACACCUGGUAAAGUUUCCAGAUUACUGAUUGUGAUAAAGUAUAAUAAAAGAACAAGGGACGUAAGAGUUGCACUCAGCAAUGAAAGAAUGAGAUUGUAAAAGUGCGGUUAGAAGUAUGAGUGCCACCUGGUGUUUGAUUAUAUGUUUUUCAUGUGCAGUAAUAAGCCUGGAGGCACUGUGGAUGAUCUAAUACUGGAUCUCAGAUUUUUACACAACACGACCUUGUUUUAUUACAUAAUUUUUAACCUUUGAUUUAUUCUCAUGAGUACUUACUAUGAAUUUUCUUUGAUCACAUAAUCAUCAGAAUAUCCCUUCUCUUUUCAUGUACUGUACUGUUGUUUGUACUCAUUUUCUGCUUCCUUCACCCUAAUUGAACACUGUGAAAUCAACAUGAGUGGCCUUAACCGAUUCAGUUCUGUACUGUGAAUAUUAGAUAAUUUUGUAAAUGUCCAUAUUUUUAAAUAAAUAGGACAAAAACAGGAUUUUAACAGUCAAAUGAAUUGAAAGCACUUUAUAGUGGAAGUGUGAGUAAAGAACUCCUCAUUUUAAGUACAUGGACUUUUAGCUGAACUAUUUUUAUGUAAACAGGGAAACGAUAAAGUGCUCUGAGAAAGUCUUGAGAGAUAUGAAGUUCACAAUAAGAAUAUUCAACAAAUCAACUAUAAGCUUUCCCUGUACACAGAUAUUUUCAAAAUUCAAUCUGUCUAAAAAUAAAUCAUGCCACAAAGCC